CAAAUUUUUAAUUUCAGGAGAAGAAAAACAUGGCGGCGCUCAUGACCGUGAGGGGCUCAUUCCCGGUUAUUAGACGCCUGGUCUCUGUACAACACCUGCACAAGUGGUGCUCCUCCAGGGUUCAGAAAGCACCUCUCGUAUACACACCCCUCUCAUACAAUGUCAGUGUUAUACAUCAGCACAGAUUUUUCAGAACUAGCUAUGCUGCAGCAGGACCCAUUUUACAAUUCAAACUGUCUGACAUUGGCGAGGGGAUCAUGGAGGUGACAGUUAAAGAAUGGUAUGUGAAGGAAGGAGACAGAGUGUCCCAGUUUGACAGCAUCUGUGAGGUCCAGAGCGACAAAGCUUCUGUUACAAUCACCAGCCGCUAUGAUGGGGUCAUCCGCAAACUGUACUACGAUAUCGAUUCUAUUGCUCUUGUGGGAAAGCCACUGGUUGAUAUUGAAACUGAUGGAGCUGGAGAACAGACUCCAGAUCAGGAUGUAGUGGAAACACCCGCUGUGUCUCUGGAGGAACACACACACCAGGAAAUUAAAGGCCACAAGACCCAGGCCACCCCAGCAGUACGCCGUUUAGCAAUGGAGAACAAUAUCAAGCUGAGUGAAGUUGUUGGCACUGGGAAGGAUGGACGGAUUCUGAAAGAGGACAUACUAAACUUCAUAGCCAGGCAGACGGGAGCCAUCCUUCCUCCGAGCCCCUUCCACGAGAUCCAGCCGCCCCCUCCUGCACCAGCAGCUGUAGCCAAGCCCAAAGAGAUCAGACCCAGCCCAAGCAUCCCUGCACCCGUCGCUCCAAGACCUGUGUUCACAGGAAAAGACCACACUGAGCCUCUUAAAGGUUUUCAUAAGGCAAUGGUGAAGACCAUGUCAGCAGCUCUAAAGAUCCCACACUUCGGCUACAAGGAUGAAGUGGACCUAACGCAGCUGGUGCGUCUUCGCUCGGAGCUUAAAGGAGUUUCUGAGUCUCGAGGAGUGAAGCUCAGCUACAUGCCAUUCUUUAUCAAGGCAGCUUCUCUGGGUCUGCUCCACUUCCCCGUCCUGAACGCCUCUGUGGAUGACGCUUGCCAGAACAUUACCUACAAGGCUGCUCAUAAUAUUGGACUGGCGAUGGACACUCCACAGGGCCUGCUGGUGCCCAAUGUGAAGAAUGUACAGAUGUUGAGUGUAUUUGAAAUAGCUGUGGAACUCAAUCGACUGCAGAGUUUAGGAGCUGCUGGACAGCUGGGAACAGCUGAACUCACCGGAGGAACUUUCACACUCUCCAACAUCGGCUCAAUUGGAGGGACCUAUGCAAAGCCAGUGAUUUUGCCGCCUGAGGUUGCAAUCGGUGCUCUUGGGAAACUUCAGGUGUUACCCCGGUUCAAUGCAAAGGACGAGGUGGUUAAAGCGCACAUCAUGAACGUCAGCUGGUCGGCGGAUCACAGGAUCAUCGAUGGAGCCACCAUGUGUCGAUUCUCCAACUUGUGGAAGUCCUAUCUGGAGAAUCCUGGCUCCAUGGUCCUGGAUCUGAAAUGAGACUGGAUCGGGAUCAGGAUUAGGAACAGGAUUAGGAUCAUUAAAUCACACCAAGCUAUUUGAACUCACUGACUGGAGACUGACUGACUAGGAUUUUUGUGUUGUUUUUUUUUGUGUGUGUUUUUUUUCCUUUGAUUAAGUUACUGAAAUACUUGCUUUUGGCCAUCACUCCAUAUUCCUUACUGUUCAUCUCUCUCAUCACUUCAUAUGAAUGAAUGCACAUGCCAAGGACACUAAAUCAAGACUGAAGUGGUUUAUGAAAUUAAAUUUUUAUUUUUUUGUUACUGUAGAAAGAUCUUCAGCCACACGGUUUGGACAAACUAACAAACAUGCACAUGCCCAAUAUACGCACAUGCACUUUAAAAAUAAAGGUACUUCAAAUGGUCUGAUGCAGUGUAAGAACCACUUUUGGUUCCAGGAACAUUUAUGUUUGUAUUAGAGAUGUGUAAAGUGUGUGAAAAACCAUUACAAUUUUUGUCAUUUUUGUAAUUGAGCCAAUUAACCCACAUUUGCUUACCAGCACUCCUCCUAUCAAAUGCAAUACUAGCGGUACUAGGGGUAUCAGGACCUCAAGUGCAUGCCUCCUCUGAUACAUGUAAAGUCAGGCUCCGUCUCUUUUGCCAACAGCAUCACCAGGCAUCCAUCAUGCUCAGGGGAAAGCACUGGUCACCAGCUCUUAUAGAUUAGCAAAGAGAUGCCCGUGCUAGCCUGCAUCACAGUGGGAUUGAUGAGGAGCCAAUUGGGAUCUAAGGCUUCAGGUCUUUGGUUCUGGCUGCUCAUGGCAUAGUGCCAGCAUGACUGCUGAGACACCCUGAGCCUUAAAGAUCAUUUUAAAGGUCUAAAGAACCCAACUAAUUGAUGUAAAGGUUCUUCACACUCUAUUCACAUCACUGUUACCAACAUGGAUCUUUAUGGUGUUCCUAUUGUGUUCCUAUGACAUAGCUAUUAUUUCUUAAUGGUAUUACUCAAACAACCAUCUGAAGUCCCUUUAUUAUUAGUGUGUGUGUGUGGUAUGAGGCAGCCAGCACACGAUUACCCACCAUCAUUUUCCGUUACAUUGUGUUUCUGUGUGUGUGUGUGUGUGUGUGUUAAUGUUGCACAGUAUAUACUGUAUGUAUGUGUGUGUGUGUGUGUGUGGUGUUACUGGUCAAUGAAUUAAUGAAUUAGGAUAUUUAUAACUAGGAUAUUCCGUUUUUAUGGUGAAUGUGGGGUGAAUGGGUCUAAUGUAGCGUAGAUGGGGUUGGUUGGUGACCACUCAUGGACAUUUUCCAAACAUGGACCUUCUUGUAUUUGUACAUGCAAACAGUGUGAUUUCCCUUGAACACUGAGCAUUAUUGCACAGAACGGCUUUAAAGUGUGUUCACACUGACUGUGAUCAUGGGAUGAAUAGCAGUGAACAAAUGCUGAUGUAAUGGUUUUCCACUUCUCAACCAUGACAAUGUUUUCGGGUCACUGUUAAAAAUGAAAAGUAAUAGACUUUGAAAAUAAAGUCAAGAAUUUUUGGAGAAUAAAUUUAUAAAUUGCUGUGAAUUUUGAAAGAAUGAAGUUAUAAGUAAUAUUUUUGAGAAUAAAGGUUGUAGAAUUACAACAGUAAAAAGGUAUUGCUUGCAGGUAUUAAUGCUCCUUUAUUCUCAAUUUUACAUGUUUAUUUUCAAAAUGUUGUUUUUUCCCCAAAAAAAGAAUCACAGAUUCUUAAAACUUUAUUUUCAACAAUGUACAAAUGUAUUUUCUACUUGCCUCGCCUUACAACUUUUUAUUUUAAAAUAUGACUUUAUUUUCAAACUAUUACGAAUUUCUUCUCAAAAUGCCCUACUGUGUUUUUUUUUAGUAACUUAAAAAAUAUUUCAACUUUUAUAAUUCACAAUAUUACAACCUAAUUCACAAAAUAUUACGUCUUCUCUAAAUUUAUCCUUUGACAAGUUACAAGUAACUGGCUAAAUAUUCAUAUUUUGUUUCUUCAAAAUAUUACUUUUUUCCUCUAAAUAUUACUUUAUUAUCAGAAUAUUACAUCUUUAUGUUUUAAAUGCCCUAUUGUAUGACUUAUUGUUUCAAAUAUUCCAACUUUAUGCUUAAAAUAUUACGACUAUUCACUUAAAACCUUUCUGUAUGAUUUUUUUUCCAAAUAUUCCAACUUUAUGCUUAAAAUAUUACAUCUUUAUUCUCUAAAUGCCCUACUGUAUGACUUUUUUCUUAAAGUAUAAGACUUUAUUCUCAAAAUAUUAACCUUUUUUUAUUAUCAAAGUCUGCUAUUUCUAUUUUUUUUAAUAGUGGCUCUAAAACGCUGUUAUACUCAACUGUGUUGUUUUUCUGUAAGGUGUUACUGCUUUUCUAAUUGUCUGUUUUUAAAGAUGAAAUCUCAUUCCCUUCUGUGGGUGCUGUAUGUGUGUAGUUUUAGAUUGGGUUGGUCGUGUGGGUGUUGUGUGUAUUGUUUGAUCAUUGGCUUUAUUGGAAAAGAAUGCAGGGAUACGAAUGUGAGCACAAAGAAUCCUUCAGAGAUUUAAGUCUGGUGUUGAUUUUGAGGGCAAUCAUUUAAAGAAGAAUUACAGUUACUGGAUUACUGGA